UGCAUGGUGUUUGCUAAAGGAGCUAGCUGUGUUGUUAGCUAACUGAGUUCUAACCAAAACGUCGCGUAUUUUACAAGUUUGAUUUAACUUGCUUAUAUGAUAUGGAGCACGUAUCUAUUAUGGGCUAAUAACUACCAUCACCACCAUCAUGGGGAAAACCCAGACCUGCAUCUUGUGUGAAAUUGUCUACAACUCCAAACAGGAGGUGGAUGAGCAUAUGAGAAGUAUGCUGCAUCAUCGUGAGCUGGAGAAGCUUAAAGGCCGGGAUUGCGGACAUGAGUGUCGGGCAUGCGGGGUGACUGUAGCAAGCUUGACAGAGUAUGCAGAUCACAUCUCCAGCUCCAUGCACAAGCAACGUGUGGAAGCCUAUGAACACCAGAUAUCUAAAACGGACCAGGAUGAGGACUACUUUGAUAAAGAGGUGGUGGAGCUCAUUGAAAAACGAAAAGCGUUCAUCAGACAAGAGAAAGCUGCUUUGAGGAGGGCCAGAGAGGAACAGGAAGCCAUGAGACAGUGGCAAGGUAUUAAAGAACAGUGGCACAAUUGCAGACAGUGGCACCACCAGCAAGAUGGUUCCUGGGGCCCAAGAUUCUCAAAUUUUCCCAUGUCCUCCAGAAGUGGGUUGAAUACACACACACAAGAACCAUGUAGGGGCCCUGAGCAUGAUCAUGACAACUGGAACAGAUGGCAGAUUAGGAGCGCCACUUGGCAUGCUGAAGGGCCCCCUGACUUGCAGAGAUGGGAAUCCUUAGAUGGACGAGGCGGUAGCUUGCACAGUAGGGGAAACUACUGGGGAGGAAGACGGGGCACCUAUGUAGGUUACGCUCCACAGCAGAGAAACCAAUCAUCCUGGUCUAACAAAGGACACAACAGAGGGAACUUUGAAAGACAAAAUGAUUUGCAUUGGCAACACUUCAAAGCUGAUCAUUGCACUGCAUCAUCUAGGACACAUCACCACCAGAAACCACAUCAGAGUACUGAGGGCCAGAAAAAGUACUACCAAAGACAGGAAGGUUGUGGAGAGAAUGAUCCUGGUAAGGGUAAGUCCGACAAGCCCCACCGUUGGGCACCAUAUCCUCCAGCUUUGCCUGGAGAUAUUUUAAGUGAUAUUCAAAGUGAUAUCCAGCCUGCUUCAGACAAGGUGAAUUUUGACUCUUGUGAGCAUGGUAAAAAAAGAAAUUUGAAUCCAAGCACCCAAGGCCUGGAGGGGCGGUCGCAAAUGGAUCUUGGGAAAAGCCAUCUUGAAUCCUUUAAACCGCAGCAAGAAUAUAAGAGAGAAUCCAGAAAGCAAAGUACAUAUCCUAAUAAGAGAAAUGAAAGCAGUGAGAAAGCAGAGAGACCGAGUCACACAUCUUCACCCUCUUCUUCCUUGCCCUUACCUACUCAGAGACUUGAGAGGCCCACCAAGCAUUCUGAAAAAAGGGUUACUGCUAACCCUGGUUCAGCAACUAAUCUCAGUCGUACAUCAAGUCAAGACUCCAUUAACUCUAAAGUGUCAAAGCAUUCUCACUCAGGCUCUCAGUCCCCUCUAUCUGGUCCCAUUGGCCAGGAGCAGGAACAGCUGCUUUCUGAAAUGCUUUUCAAAGCAAAGGAGAACCUUUUGAAUAAACAAACCUCAGUAGGAAAGACUGCCACAGAGGACGACCUUAAAGGUGUUGAGCUGCAUAUCCAAGAAGAUGAGUUGAUAGAAGGUUCAGAGCUGAGCAGUGCAAAAGAACACUAUAGAAGUAAGAGGAAAUCAGAUGAGCACAAUGAAAAAAGGAAAGAAUGGCAGUCUCUCAGAACUGAGACUCCUAUGCAGUCUGGCUGCUCAACAAAAGACAGCAAUCUGCGGUUUCUGCAAUCGCUGCAGGUCAGCACCUCCACCAUGGACCAGGAAGAUGUGGAGGAGUGUGCACGAAAGGAAGAAGAUCUUGUGCAAGAUCAGGGAAUACAAGCUAUGGAUGAAGGUAUAAUCUCUGACGGUGAGGGCAGCCGCAGCAGCCAUUCUCUUCCCACAGCUGGAUGCUCUGUGCCUUCCCUGAGAAAGCUGGCCCUGCCUGCAAGUUUCAAGCGGGACCUGAACCGACACAUUGCUAGCAAAGGCAAAGCAGUUGCCCAUGAGCCCAACCUGAACAUUGCUCGGCGCUUUAGGAAUGUAAGUGGCACACGUGAGAGUGAGAAGGACAAUGGCCUGAAACCCACCCUGCGGCAGCUCAUCAGUUCCUCUGCCUCCAGAAGAAAUGUCAACUGGGACCAAGUAUACCAGGAGGUCCAUCGCAAGAAACAGGAGCAGGGCAAGGGUUUACCAAGGUUUGGAAUAGAGAUGGUACCCAGUGAGCCUGAAGGUGCAAGCCACAUGGAAGAUGAUGAUGUUCCUCUUUGUGAGGGCUUCCAGUGGGACUCUGUAGCUAACUUUAGCCCAGUAUCAGUAUUUUCACGCAAACGCAGCGUGUCAGAAAGCAGUGUGGUUAUCCAUGGCAGCACAACAUCCUCUUCACUCCUCAGAGCUGCAGAACCAGCUUCUGUCAUGAAUUUACAAGAUGGUGCCAAGACAAGGCUUCAGGCUGUUCACUCACCAAUGGAGGAGAAUUGUGAUAAUCAAAAGGAUAGUGAGGGCACAGGCCAGGCCAAAGAACACAUGAAGGAAAUGGAGGUACAAAAGCCUGUCCAGGACACAGAGCCUGUGGAUGGGGAGAGUAGUUGCAUGUCAAGCACUGAGCUGAAUGGAGGGAAGAAACGCAGAGCAGUGGGGGAUGUGCCAUCCCCAGAAAUUCUUAACUCGGAGAGGAAAAACAAGAGGCUGAAAAUCAAGCCUAAGAAAGAACGCUCUCAGUUGGAUGAGUUGUUGGCUGUCUCCUUGCGAGAGGAGGAACUGAACAGCUCUCUGCAGGCAGUGGAUGACAGUUUGAUCCAGGCUCGAUCAGCCCUGCAGUCUGCCUAUAUGGAAGUGCAGCGUCUACUAAUGGUCAAACAGCAGGUAACCACAGAGAUGAGUUCCCUGAGGACCAAGCGUAUAGAAAUCCUACAAGGAUUACAAGGAGGUUCUGAUUCUCCACCAAGAACAAGAAAUUGUGAUGAGAACCUGACCAUUGCUCCAGUCCUGCCAUUGUCCUCUUUGGCCUUGUCUGAACAUACUGUUAAUCCCAGUAAUCCAGCUACUGCUAUUUCCAUCAUUUCACCAUCACCUGCCUCUAGCGUACCUGUUUUAACUGUCAAACAGGAGCGUUUGUCACCUGUGACUGUCAUCCCAGGACGAGAGCUUACAGACAGCCCACUCUCUGGCCCUCACAGUACCACACAAGAGCAAUCCGCAGCUGUCACCACUGAGACUCGUGUGGAACCAAUCAGUUUGGAUGCCACUAUAAUGUGCAACCUUAAUAUAAAACUGGGUCAGAAGAAUAUAGAAUGUGCCCAGGAUCACAACUUAGAGCUGUCUCCUGCCCCUCAAGCUCAUCUUGCCUCUCCAGAGCAUAUGCAAGACCCUCCCUCAUCCUCAAACUCAGUUAGCCCUUCACUUAACCCAGUCUCUCCCAAGUGCUCUCCAGCACACAACAGCCCAGACGCUAAGGCUGGGAAACGUGUAAGAAAGCUGAAGAAGAAGAGGGUGCUGAGGAACGCACAGGGAAGCAAGCAGCCCGAUGCCAGUGACUCGGAGCUAGAUGCCAGCAAGCCCUCCCGACCUGUUCGCAAGCUGCGAUACCGCCGGCGCACCAGUGGCUCCUGCUCCUCUCCCCCUGCUGCUGCUGAAGAACAAGAAGAGGGCAUGGAGCUAACAGGUACACCAGAUCCUCCAGAAUCAAAGGGACCAACACUGGCUCCUGUUGGGAAGGAGACUCAGGACUCUAACUCCUCAGAGCUAGAGAUGGUGGAGCUCCCCCAAUCUGUGCCCACAGAAGUGGUUAAUUUGGACUCUUCUGACCCAGACGAGGAAGAAAGAAACCAUCCUAAAGUGUCCAAAGAGUCUGCCACAGAGAUGACACAAACCCAGAACCUUGCAUGCAAUGAGGUCACCUCUACCAGUGAAAUUGACACCAGCAAUGUAGUCACAAGGUGGGAAAGUGCAAAGAAUGCGACUCUGCCAGUUAUGAAGGAGUCCAAAGCAUCUUCUGAUGCAUCAUCAGAUGCUGGUGAAGAGGAGAUGCCAACUGAGGGCUCAUUUGAAGGUCAUCAGGAGGCAGUGAAUGGAAUGCAGAUCCACAAUGGUCUGCUGUACACCUGCUCAGGAGACCGCACCAUACGAGCCUUCAACCUGAUGAGUCGUAAGUGUGUGGCAGUGUUUGAUGGGCACAGCAGUAAAGUGAACUGCUUGGUCGUGUCAUCUGGACCUGGCUUACCACAGCGACUCUACUCCGGAUCUAGUGACCAAACCAUCCGCUGCUAUAACAUCAAGACCAGAGAGUGUGUACAGCAGCUCAGCCUCCCUGACCGUGUGCUUUGCCUCCAUAACCGUUGGAAAGUGCUCUAUGUGGGGCUGGCAAAUGGCUCAGUGGUCACCUUCAGCCUCAACAACAAUAAGCAGCUAGAUGUGUUUGAGUGCCAUGGGCCACGGGCAGUGAGCUGCUUGGCUACGGCACAGGAGGGAGCACGGCGUGUGUUACUUGUUGGAUCUUAUGACACCACCAUUAGCGUAAGAGACGCCAAGAGUGGCCUGCUGCUACGUACCCUAGAGGGGCACACUAAAACAGUCCUCUGCAUGAAGGUGGUGAAUGAUCUAGUCUUCAGCGGAUCCAGUGACCAGUCUGUCCAUGCACACAAUGUACACACGGGGGAACUUGUGAGGAUUUAUAAGGGCCAUAGUCACGCUGUCACUGUGGUAGCCAUACUGGGGAAGGUGAUGGUCACAGCAUGCCUGGACAAGCUUGUCCGUGUGUAUGAGCUACAGUCUCACGACAGGUUACAGGUGUAUGGAGGGCAUUCAGAUAUGGUGAUGUGUAUGGUCAUCCACAAGAGCAUGAUCUACACAGGUUGUUAUAAUGGGAGUAUACAGGCUGUCCGGCUGAACCUGAUCCAGAACUACCGCUGCUGGUGGCAUGGAUGCUCGCUGAUCUUUGGUGUAAUGGAGCACCUGCAGCAACACCUGUUGAAUGAGCACACCAGCCACUCGCAGCAGACGCUCAAGUGCCGCUGGAGGAACUGUGACUCCUUCUUCAAUUCCCGCAACGGCUUCAAACAGGCCGUGCAAGCUCACAUGCAGAAACAUGCAGAGGAGGACAGUAAAUUGGAGUCUUGAAGGGGUCCUGGAAAGGUCAAUCUAGACAAUCCAAAUAACCUCCUCUUCUCCCAUAUUGGGAAGAUCUCAUCUAAACCUCAGGAUAGGAGCUCUUUCCUUGUGCAUUCAUUUUUCUAUGUGUAAUCAGAUACCAACAGCUAUCAUCUUAGGAGGACAGGACAAGCUACUGUGACAGUUGUAGAUGCCACUUCUGAAUACUGGUGAUUUGUAGGAUUUUAUGUGAAAAAUCAUUUGUGUAUAGAAACUACAGACUGUAGUCUCUGUCAGCAUAUUUUGAAAGAGCAAUGCUCAUAGGCUUUUAUCGCUGUCACUUUAGUCAAUGUUUUGGAGGCUUUUGGCAUCCAAAGGUUCUUCAUGGGUUGUUUUUUUUUUUUUUAAAGAUUGUGAAAGUCCUUCUCUUUCAGUGCAGCUGCUGGUAUUCUGACUAUGCCAGUUGAACCAUUUUCCCUUUCCUCUUAUCCAUGUACCAUGUACACUGUAAUCAUCUCUCUUUCUGUGACGAUUGACUACACCUUUCUGUUCGCACACCAUAUAAUUUUCUCAUCUUUGAGGAAAAGAUAGCAGAUGUACAGGUAAUGGAUAACAGAUCUCUCUUCCUACUCUUUAUUCACCUGAUUUAUACACAGUAUUAUCAGCUCUGGGAUAUAAUGACCAAAUAAAGAUUAAGAAUUAUAAAAGAACUGUGGCGGAAAAAACAAAAAAACCUUAAAAAUUGUUGGACAGGCCAGAAGAGUUAUUGCUGCUGCCCCCUACUGGCUAAAAAUACACUUGGUCAUGACUUUUUAUGGCAUGGGUUCAGGGAUUUGUUUCGUUUGGUGUGUUUUGCGGUUUAGUAGCAUGGUACUCCUGUCUUCUUGAGCAACCAGUUUAUUUUUGUUUGGGUUUUUUUGUUUGGUUUUUUAUAUUUUUUUCUUUUUUUUUAAACUAAGUUUUCUGAAGACCCCCAUUCUUUAAAAUUCACUCAGCUCAGAUAAGGACAUUGUUUCCCAGGUAUUCUAUACCAAAACAGUGUAGGACAGUCAGGAUUUAUUGAAUGUUUUUCAUAACUUAUUUCAAAAUUUUAAACAGAGUUUUUAAAAGGUUUUUUUUUUUUUUUGGUUUUUUUUUUUCUUCAAAUUUUAUCUUGCAAGUGGUUUUCCUUUUUCCACUACUAUUUUGAAAGAUGGCUUCAUAUAGGCCUAUAUUAUGUUUGUGAGGGUUUUUUUGUUUUGUUUUUUUCUUUUUCCUUUCUCUUCAUGUGGUAUGGUUGCUCACUGAGGUUAAGACACAGUGGAAGGCCUGAUUGAUUGCCGUAAUUGAAAGAUUGUUGUUCAAGGAAAUGUAUUUGCUGUGAUUGUGACAGGUCCUGGAAUAUGACGGUCGGUGUGUGUAACCAACUGUGAGCAGAAUGUGUGGGAGUGUGCUUAUGCCCAAGUAAUACAGUGCAGUAUUGCUGGUUUGACUUGGAUUUUUUUACGCAAUUAUUCUCACAUAGUUGAUAGAAUUCCAUAUGGGCUCUGCCCUUUUGUGAUUUAAAAAAAAAAGCUUAUACAGACAUUUAGAUGGAUGUGGGCGGAGGUGCAUGCAGCCUAGAUCUACAACACACUUUUGACUGAAGGUGUGUGCGCAUGCAUUGCAAGUUGUUAAAGUGGUUAAUGUGAUAGGUGUUUUGUGGAGUGGAGAGCGUAGUACCAGAUCCCCUCUCCCAUGCCGUAGCACACAGAACCACAUCCAAUAAUAAAUCACAGCUGGUUGUCUUCAUUUCGGUAAUAGAACUUUUCUAACCAUUUUAAAAUCAGGAUUGUGUUCUUUCUUAAAGUCUGCCACAAUAAGCUCCAUUUCAACUACUCGACCCCACUCACUAAAGAGAUUUGAUAUUCUAAAAAAGUGGAGGUUUUUUUUUUUGUUGCUGGCACGGAGUCAGGUUUUUCUCACCCUUGAUCCUACUGACAGUACAUCUUUCUCUUUACAAAUAGUGUGUAGCGUUCGGGGCAGCUUGUCAACCUCUUAUCUGGUCUUCCCAAAGUUGGUUUGUUUUUGUUUGUUUAUUUCCACUGAAUAUCUCAUAAUAAAACUACAUUUACAGUUUU